AUGGGUUUUUUGUUUCGACAAGGCAAAGUGGGCGUGAAAAAGUUCUACAAAAAUCAAAACGAUCUCGUGAAUGCUUGGAAAGAAGACGAAAAGGUUCUUACUAAUGCAGUGGAUCAGGCUGCUAUAACAGAAGAAGAGCAGCGAGUAAAGAUAUGGGAUACUCGUCUCACUACAAUAACAAUUUUGUCAAACGUGGUACUUAUUAUUGCAAAGACGACGGCUGUUUUAUUGUCGGAUUCCCUUUCUGUGGUAGCAUCAUUGGUGGACAGGUAA